AUGCUCGCGCACGUCAUGUCCAAGUCGACGCAAGCGACGACACUCGUGCGCCACACGGCCGAGUCGCUCCAGGACGCGGCUCAGCACUCGUCGCUCGCCACUUCUCUCCGAACGGCAACGCGGACCGGCGCCGCAGCUCUGCAGGCGAAAGUCGGCGCGCUCCACCCGCAGCGGCCGACCGCUGCAGAGCUCUCAACGACUGCGUCGACGACCGCCAGCGAGAGCGGCAGCAGCGUCGACGUGGAAGAGGGCGGCGCGCCACGCGACUCCAGUGCGAGUCAGGAGAGAGAGGGACUGCUACUGGGCGACUUGGGCCACGCGUGCGGCCUCAACCGGCGCCAGCGCCUCUACGGCGCUCUCGGCUGCUACGGCUGUGGCGCGUUGUGCGCCGUCUUGUCGACGCUGAUGCUGUGGGGCGGACCCCACCACGUGAAGCAGUUUGCCUUUUUCUACACGGUCGGCGCUCUCUGCAGCAUUGGCAGUUCGCUCUUUUUGAUUGGCCCCGUGCGGCAGCUCCGCGUCAUGUGUCUGCCCGUGCGCCGUGUGGCCUGCGCGGUCUGGAUGGGCUCUAUGGCGGCGACGCUGGUCGUUGCGUUCGGCGUCCCGAAGGCCGGUCCGCUCGUGCUGCUGCUCGUGAUUGUCCAGUACGCUGCUAUGCUCUGGUACGGCGCCUCGUUCGUCCCCUAUGGCCGUGCCAUCCUGCGGAGCAGCUGUUUUAAAGCGGCGACGUACGUCAGCACGUAG